AAAAGAUAAACAACUCGUAAUAUAAGAAUUAAUCGUGCAUUUUUCUUUAUUUAAUUGUAAAAUACGACAACUAAAAGAUUAAAAAUGAGUGAAAAGAUGAGGGAAUUGCGAGAGGAGUCUCGUAAACGUAAAAAGCUGAUUGCACAGACGCUUGGAAUUGAGGUCGAUGAACUGAAACAUGCAUUAGGGACUGCGGAAGAAUCUUAUGGCAACAAAUCUCGUAAUUAUGAUGACGAUGAGGCAAAUUCUUCUAAAAAGUCGGCAGCUGAAAAUGUUUUCUAUCGCGAUUCGUCGCAAUUUCUCAAAGGAACUCAAAGUAGCAAUCCUCACAAUGAUUAUUGCCAACAUUUUGUCGAUACCGGGCAACGUCCUCAAAACUUUAUUCGUGAUGUAGGCUUACAAGAUCGCUUCGAAGAAUAUCCAAAGCUGCGUGAAUUGAUCAAGUUGAAAGACGAAUUGAUUUCAGAGACAGCAACUCCUCCGAUGUAUUUGAAAGCAGAUCUAAAAACAUUUGAUUUGACGUCGAUGGGCACAAAAUUCGACGUAAUUUUAAUUGAACCUCCGUUAGAAGAAUAUUUUCGAGGAGCUGUUGUUGCUUCAGGUGCGCCAAAAAACUUUUGGUCAUGGGAUGAGAUUUUAUCAUUGGAUAUUGGAGAAAUUGCAGCGCACAGAAGUUUCAUAUUUUUAUGGUGCGGAAGUUCUGAGGGAUUGGAUAUCGGGAGAAAUUGCCUUCGAAAAUGGGGCUUUCGACGUUGUGAAGACAUUUGUUGGAUUCGAACAAACAUUGAGAAUCCGGGACAUUCUAAAAUAUUGGAGCCUAAAGCUGUUUUUCAACGAACAAAGGAGCAUUGUUUGAUGGGCAUCAAAGGAACUGUUCGAAGAAGUACAGAUUUUGACUUUAUUCAUGCAAACAUCGAUAUUGACUUGAUCAUUUCUGAAGAACAAGAAUUCGGAAGUUUGGAAAAACCCGAAGAAAUAUUUCACAUCAUUGAACAUUUUUGUCUCGGAAAACGUCGUUUGCAUGUUUUUGGGCGAGAUUCAACAAUAAGACCCGGUUGGGUAACUAUUGGUUCAGAAUUGACAAACUCGAACUUUAACAGCGAUGUGUAUGCGAGUUACUUCGAUGGAGGAAUGACAACAACUGGAUGUACAGAGCGUAUCGAAACAUUGCGACCUAAAAGCCCUCAAAACACGAACAAUGGAGCUCAACGUGGAUCACGGGGAAGGGGAAGAGGAGGAUUACGCAGUCGAGGUAGACCAAGAUAAACUUUUUUUUUUUGUUUCGAAUCAAAUAAAGACAUUUUUA